AUGCCAAGGGACACCAAUCCUCUUGUUGUUGGGAGUUGUGGGGAAUGUGUUGACCAUUUCUUUAGGUCUAUCGACCUUCAAGUUAUUUAUAACACAAGGGAAGUUGCAAACGGUUGUGAGUUUAGACCCUUCCAAGUUGUCAACCGUCUAGGGCGGGUCCAGUUGGGUGGUGAAGAUCUUAGGACUUUUUUCACUCUUUUAGUUAUGGUAGAUCCCGAUGCUCCUAGCCCAAGCAACCCGACCCUGAGGGAGUACUUACAUUGGUUGGUUACUGAUAUCCCAGCCAUGCAACUCAUGAGACAAGAGGUCGUUUGCUAUAAGAGUCCACGCCCGUCUACGGGAAUCCACCGUUUUGCAUUCAUACUUUUCCAGCAGCUAGGAAGGCAGACGGUUUACGCUCUUGGAGGGCGUCAAAACUUUAACACUCGAGAUUUUGCUGAGCUCUACAAUCUGGGCCUCCAUGUAGCCGCAGUAUACUACAACUGCCAGAGGAAAACUGGCUCUGGCAGCAGAAGGCGGUGA